GUAGGCUACACAUCUUCAGGGGCUUCUCAACGUCUUGCUCUUCUGGCAUUAUCUAUGUUGCUCUUCAACAACUCAGGAGGAAAGGAUUGCUGGACCAUCUGAGAGAGAGCUUGAGAGCUCUAAGCUGUGAGGGAUCUGACCCCCAAGCCUUCAUUGGACAGACUCAGAGGGAAGGGGGUGUGUCUAGGCACUGCCGCGCUGCGCUCUGCCAUCCCCUCCACGCUUCUCUCAACAACAACUGUGCGCUGCUGUAGCUCCUCUUCCAGAUGCUGCCGCAGCAGCUGAGAGGCAGAGAGAGGAGGAGGACCCGCCUGAGCCGCUCUGAGCUGGAUUUCUGCGAGGUGCGUCCGGGCGCUGCGGUAGACGGCCAGGGAAAAUAGGGGCCCCACAGCGGUGAAGAUUGCCAGCCUUGAAAAAUAGAAGCCAAGUCCAUGCCAUUGAGAAACACAAAUGAUGGACAAGAAAAGUGCAAAUGGCUAUCCCUCCAAAGUGGCUGAGGGAGGCAGCCAGAGGAAGCAGAUCCCUUACUCUGUCGAGACACCCUAUGGCUUCCACCUGGAUUUGGACUUCCUCAAGUAUGUGGAUGACAUUGAGAAGGGCAAUACCAUCAAGAGGGUGCACAUCCAGAGGAAAAACAAGGGUCCCAAGUACAGCACACUGCCACGCAACUUCAGCCUUCCUGGACAUGGAACCCGACCUCCUCCAAAGGACAUGUGGGCAUCUGGCACCUCCACCCUUGGGCCCAAGCCAAAGUCACGGGUCACUGAAGUCCAGCAGAUCUAUGACUUCAAACCCAGCGAUGGUGGGUCCUCCAGCCUCUCCAGGAUCCAAGGGAGCAGCUACUGUCCACCCCUAAGACCAGCAGAGGAGGUCAAAUCUCGGGUAUACGAGGAGCAGCCGCUGAGCCUCCAGGUGAGGCCUAACCUGCUCCGAGCCUCCAGCAUGCCUGUAAACGUCCCCUGCAGGAAGGGCUCCGACUCCUCAGAGGACCGCAGCCCCGUGGCCACCAGCGAGUCACAGAAGGAGAACGGCUCCUACGAGAGGCUCUUCCGGGCAGUCGAUGGAACCGACAGGCGGGGAAGUAUACCCCAAGACCGGGCAAGCCUGCAUCUCCAGAUUACAAAUGCAUUAAAGAGAGUGCGGGAGCUAGAGGAGCAGGUGAGGACUAUACCGGAGUUGAAGGCUCAGAUCUGCUCCCUUACGGAUGAGAAAGAACAACUUCUCAAGAGAAUAGAGGAAAAAGAACAGCAACAGCAACAGCCUCCACCUGUUGCCCAGGCUGCAGAGGAGCGGGAGGAGGAGGAAGAGGAGGAGGAGGAGGAAGAUGCUGAAAGUCCCAAGCAAGGAACAGAAGACUCCUGCCUUCCAACCACCAUGAUCUAUGUUGAGCCUCCUACCCCAGAGGAUGAGACCAAAACUCAAAUAGAGGACUCAGAAUCAGCCCAAGAAGAGCCAGAGGACGAAGCUGCUGAGACACAGAAACCUUCAACGCAGAUGUCAGAGACGCAAGCAGAGUCAUUAGAGAAAGGACCAGAGGAGAUCUCAGAUGCCUUGGGAUCAGUGUCAAAAACAGAGACGCAGGAAGACACAUCAGAGAGCAUCAGAGAGCAGGCAGAUGGCACAGAGCCAGUGGAACAAGCAGAAACACAAACAACCCCAGCACAGGAAUUUGAAAAGCCAGCUGAGGCAUCCAGACAGGGUCUAGACCAACAACAAAACAGGGCAGAAAGUCCGACAGACCACUUUGGGGAGAAACAAAUAGAGCCAUCAGGGGCUGUUUCAAAGGAGACAGCGAUGCCAAGAGUCCCAUUAGAGUGUCCCGUAUCUGUUGUGAUAACAGAGGCAGAAGAGGAGAGUGAGGAAGCUGAUAUUAAUGAAAUGGAGGGAAAAAACGCUGACCAAGUUGAGCAUCCUGUCAAAGAGAGCCAAAGUCUCAUCAUUCAGAAACUGCAGGCCAAACUGCAGGCCUUGGAAGAGAGACUGAACAGUUCCAGCCUAGAGUUAGAGAAGACGCAUGCCUUACUGAGGGAUCAGGUGGAGGAGAAUAGGCUGAAGGAUGAGAGAAUACAAGAGCUUAAUGAGAGAGCAAGAGAGUUAGCAGAAAUGGCAAAGAAUGAUGCAGUAGAGAAUGAUGAGAGUCAGCCACAACCUGAGCCACUUCAAACCAGUGAUGCAGCAGUUUGUACUGAUUUGGACCAAGUAAGUGUGUCUGAAAAGGCUGUGUCCACUGAUGAUGAGGCCCAGCCAAACAAUGGCCCCAAAGAGACAGAUCUGACAUGCUCCAGUACUCAGACACCUUCUGUUGAGGCCAAAGAUAUGGAGGUGCUGGCCCAAGUGCUCACCUCAGAGAAGGAGGUAGGAGUUGAGAUUAUUACCUGUGACCAGGCAGUGGAGACAGAGGCCCAGAUGGACAUGGUCUCUGGGACAGAGGAGAGGAACGAAGGAGCAGAGGAAGUGGCAGAACAGGAAAGUGUGGUUUCCGUGGCUGUGGAAACCACAGAGAGCACGUCUAUUGAGAAUGUGGUGAGUGAAGUCAAAGUACCUGAGGAGGUCACAGUGGAAGAGAAGGCAGUUGAGGAUACUGUUGAGAAGAGCGUAGAGGCAGAAAGUGAGACAGAGGAGGAGAAAGUGAUUGAGAAAAUGGUGGUUGAAGAGGACAGGGUGGAGGAGAGUGCAGUUAUAGAGAGUGCAGUCGCAGAACCUGCCCCUGCUGAAAGUGCAGCUGUCGAGAAUACAAAAAGGGAGGAUGUUGCCAAGGAUCCUGCAGUCACCAAGGAGACGGCGGAAUCUCCAAGUUCAUCAGAACCGGACCUGAAACCACAGAAAGAGGGCCAGCCUGCCCAGGAGGCUCAGUCCCAGUCUCGCCGGUCCAGUGAGGGCUCAGGCUCAGGCUCUGCGUCACCGGCGGCCAUCGGCCAUGUGGUCACCCGCAUCCAGGGCCUCCUGAACGAGCAGUGGAGCAGCCUGGGCAGUGGGAGCCCCCAGGAGGCGUCGCAGAGCGCCCCCAAGCAGCAGAGUGCGCCCAAGCCGCAGCAGCCGUCCAAGUUCAGCUCCAUCCAGAGUCAGCUGGUGAGCUCGCUCAGCGUCCUCUCCGCCUUCUACUCGCCCGGGCAGAAGGAGAAGGCAGCGGCCGCCUCACGGCAGUCAGGUCUGAAAUCCAUAAUGAAGAAAGAUGGCUUACCUCAGAAGCCAGGGAAUGGAGCAGCAAAGAAGAACCUAAAGUUUGUUGGAGUGAAUGGGGGCUAUGAAAGCACCUCCAGUGAGGAGUCCAGUGGGGAGGAGAAUCAGGAGGAGCAGGAGCAGGAGGAUAGCUCUGAGCCGGAGGAGGACAAGAAGGAGCAGGAGCAGGGCGCCGAGGCCCAGGAGGAGGCCAUCUCUGCUGGGGCUGGGGAGGAGGAGGAGGAGGAGGAGGCUGGGGGGCCAGAGGGUGCCGCGGAGCCCAGAGGAGCAGAGGCCUUCAUGAGCUCCCCAGAGCUGCCCGUCAGUGAAGUUGUUGAUAAAGAGUUCAUGGCAGCUUGUUUUUACCUGAAGGAUCGCAGAAAUGAAGUUGACAACCCAAAUAAGGAGAUGAGGCAGGUCCUGAUGGUUUUGUACCAAGAGUGGUUUCGCGUGUCCAGCCAGAAGGACUCGCAGGCUGACAUGGUGACCCUCUACCUGAGAGAGGUGGGCAAUGCCACGCCCACUCUCCUCAGUUACAUCGUCAACCUGGCCGACGGCAACGGGAACACAGCGCUGCACUACAGCGUGUCCCACUCCAACUUCCCUGUGGUCAAACUGCUACUGGACACAGAGCUGUGUGCAGUUGACCACCAGAACAAAGCGGGCUACACAGCCAUCAUGCUGGCGGCCCUGACUGCAGCAGAGAGUCCCGAGGAUGUGGAGGUGGCCCAGCACCUGCUGCAGAAGGGCAACAUCAACGCCAAUGCCAGCCAGACAGGGCAGACGGCUCUGAUGCUGGCGGUCAGUCACGGUCGCACGGCAAUGGUGCGCGUGCUGCUCCACUGUGGGGCCAACGUGAACGUGCAGGACCACGACGGCUCGACCGCGCUCAUGUGUGCCUGCGAGCACGGCCAUGCCGAGAUUGCACGGGUGCUGCUCGAGCACCCCGACUGUGACACCAGUCUCAAAGACAAGGAUGGUCACACAGCUCUUUCAGUGGCCACUCAGGCUUCCCACAUGGAAGUCGUUGACCUUCUGCAGGCCCACACAGGUGCCCAGGCCUCGCAGGCCGCGGCUCCCCACUGAACCAGGGGAACCUGGACGACAUUCCUCCUCUCCAGGGAAACAUCAAGGACAAAGGCUGCUUUCACCAACCAGCUGCCUUCCGUUGGCCUUCCAUCCAGCAGGCCUCUGCAGACCUUCAGAGGACACGACUCACAACCUUACUGGUAUUCCAGAGCCUUGGCCAACAUUCCUUUGGGACUAAUUAGAAUCUGGCAGGUUGCCAAUGCGAAUCAGAAUUCCUUAUGCCAGGCAGAGGAGGCUCAGUGGCAUGGGAACAGGGUCCUGGUUACUAAGAAUUCCGAGGUCUUUCUGCUGCAAGACAAAAACAGAGGUGUUGAGGUGUCCUCUGAAGCACAUAUAGCUACUCUUCCAGCUCUUAAUCUGGACCAAGCAGUGUCCACCGAUUAUGUUAUUAUUUCUCAACUGUUAUUUUUUACCAUUUACAAUUGUUAUAUUUUUGUCAGAUAAGCCAUCACCAAGGCAAUUUUAUUAUUGAUCCACAUUAUUUAUUUUGUAUUGCACUUUGUUUAUAUUUAGUCUGUUCUGUUUAGCCCAUUCUGAUUACAACCUGAUAAAUGACUCACAAGUCUUCCAAUAUGAAGGUUUAGCAGUUGGGUAGCCAGGUAAGUUUCCUAUCAAUGAAUGCAUAGUCUAGUGAGCUGGACAAAGAGGAUGAGCUAAAGCCAGUAUAAGCUCUACAGGAUGACAGGAGAAUCCUCCAAGGCCAUGAUAGGUGCUCUCAAAAGACUCACUCAAAAGAGUGAAAGGUAUUUGUAUAUGAGCCCUUUUAUAAAAACAGGUAUCCAACCAGUCUGGACAGCUCUUUCUUAAUAUUCCAGAGUCUUUUGGACCACAGUCCACUAAAGUGCAAGUUAAUGGAAAAGGUGAAGGGCAGAAAGCAAAUAGCAACGUAGCAAACAGGUUUCUUGACAAAGCCAAAAAAGCAAUUUAACAUGCCACUUGCCAGUCUCAUAUUCUGGUAAAAAGAUCCAUUUUAGAACAUGCACGCACUGACACAAAGAAUCCACUCCCUUGAUUAAGUCUUAAUCACAUGGGUUACUUUAUUUUCAUAACUUCCACAUUAUGAGGGCAGACAACUCCGCUCCAUGGGGCCUUUGGUGCUCUGGUAUCCAACUCCAAUAUCAACAGAGCUCUCCAAUUAGAUUUCCAAGUGGAGGCCAUGCAGAGUCUGUCUUAAGUCCAGUAAAAUCAUACGGGGCAUCUGUGAAUGUAGGCCAUGACUCACAAAUAUUUGUGGGUGUGGAUGUCUUUGUAGAGCAAAGUAUGAAUCCAGGACAAAUAAAUGUAGUUGUACUAUAUCAAGUACAGGGUUUUCUAUACUAUCAGUAGAAUACAUGGACAGCUAGCUUUAAGAUGUACCAUGACAAUAUGUUGUCCAGAUGAGUAUGAAGCCACUUUUGAAAUGCCAUCCUUAUUCACACAUUAAUAUACCCAAUGCCAUCCUUCUUCACACAUUAAUGUACCCAAUGCAUUUCACCCUCUCUCCUUCUCGCUGUCUCUCUUGCGAUCCUUCUCAUCACUACUCUUUCAUCCUCAUCUUCAUCAUUGCCCAUCAGCUUUUCUGUAUCACACCAUACUGCCACUUCUGUCCUCUUCAUCCCUUUAUCUGAAGGGCAGCAUUCUCACUCAUCUGAAGGAAAACUAACAGAAUCUCCACUCAUGAGUUGUUCCACACACCAUUUGCAGCACAACUUGCACAAGUUAAUGAGUUGCACAGGCAGACAGGUUUGAGACGAUGGCGACAAGAGUAUAUUUGAACAAUAAUUAAUUGUAGAGACAAAUAUCUAUUAAAAGGAGCAAAAGACUGUUUCCUCCUGCAAAGCCAAGACAUUACAAAAGACUUAAAGAGCACAUGAUUAAUAUGCCUAAAAAUGAAGUCAUCACCCACAGCUAUGUUUUCCUAUGUUGAAUGUCUUUAUGACCCAAAACAUCAAUCCUAUUGUUUAAAUACCAGCAAAGUUAUGUCUGGCUUUGGAAGAAGAAACACAUACUGAUGACAAAUCACUAUAUCUCUAUUGAAAAGUAUUUAUUUUAAAGUCUAUAUUUUCUAAAUAUAUCUAUAUAUGCAUGGGACAAAUGUUGGAAUUUAACAUGUAUGAAUUCAAUUCUGGUCUGGUCUUCUAAAUCAUGUCUAUGUAACAAAAAAAAAGAUGUUCUCAAGAAGGGAGGAGGUUAUAGUUGUUUGCUUGUUUUCUACUUUGGUUAUCUUUAUAUAUAUGUUGUCUCUCCUCUGAGGCAUUGAUUGCAAGGUCAAUUUCACUAUGGCUCACUGGUUAACUAAAAUAUGGGAAAGUGCAUUUUUCCUCUGGUUUCUUGGUCAUGAUAAAGUUGUGCAUUACAGGGCUGAAACAUUUCAACUGGAUGUCCUCAUGUACAAAUCAGUACCCAUUAAUAUUAUUCCAAAUAUAUUAUGGACCUGUUGUAUCCUAACCAUUUACAUAAUAGAAUUCUAAAUAAACAGGAAACCUUGUUUGUCA